AUGUCUUUGGUCCAUUUGGCCAACUUGUGUGCCCAUGUGAAGAAUUGCACAAACGUUCACAUUGCCACCACGUCCAUCCCUCUCUCACGGUUGCAUUUGCUGAUGGCCUUGAACUUGUACAAGGAAGGGUUCAUUUCUUCCGUCCAGAAAGGCUCCACGUCAGGCCCAGACCAGGUUCCAGUGGAGGUUACUCCAGAUAACAUUUCUACCCGUAGAUUGUGGUUGGGUUUGAAGUACAGAAAUAAUCAACCUGUUAUCAGAGACUUCUCCAUGAUCCUGAAACCAGGAAGAAAGGUUAACUUGACAUCUACCGAAGUGAAGGCUUUGGCUUCAGGAUUACCAGUGAGAUUCAUCAAACCAUUGCAGCCAGCAGAAUGUAUUUUUAUUAAGACCUCGAAGAAGGAGAUCAUCGAGGUCCAGGAGGCGGCCAAGAGGGACUUGCAGGGUAUGGCGUUGUGUCGUGUGAAGUAG